UUUUGAUCUCAUCAAAAAGUCGACAAUCGCUAGCCCGCGGUUGGCCCCGAGUCAAUUUCGGCAGUAGGCAGCCUCGUGCUCGUGGCCACUCGUAGGUCUGCCUUGUAUUUUUGCAAUCUGUAGAUAGUACAUAGCUAAAAGAUUAGCUUUAUAUAAAAUAAGUUAUGUGUUUGUGAUUAAAUGUAUAAAAGGCGAGGGUUUCUAAUAAUAUCCUACAGUAGUUGAAGAUCCUUAGAACUGCGUAAGAUAGUGCAGAAAAGUGUAAUACUGAUUUCGCUGGUGUAGUAUAAAGAAAAUAUUAGGUAUAGUAUUCGCCCUUUCUCGCCAUAAAAGAUGGCACCUUCGUGUUUCGAAGUGAUCCUAGUCGGUCUCUUUCUUCUGAUACCUGUAUUAUAUGAAGUGAGCAGGACCUUUCGUUAUUAUCUCAAGUUUUUUCUCUAUUAUGGAAUUGCAAUGCUGAAUUCAUUAAUUCUCCUCCCGAUUGUGCUUUUACGACCGAAGAACGUGAAAAACUAUUUAUUAGGAUCGGCUGUGUUUUCUAUUUGUACUCACCUUAUCGGACUACGUUGGGAAUUAAGGGGGACAGAACAUUUAGAAAAAGAAAGGGCAUGUAUAAUAGUAUCAAAUCAUCAAAGUUCUUUAGAUAUACUGGGAAUGUACCAAGUAUGGCCAAUAAUGCAAAAGUGCACAGUUAUAGCAAAAAAACAGAUUUUUUAUGCAUGGCCAUUUGGUUUAGUUGCUUGGCUUUGUGGAUUGAUAUUUAUAGAUAAAAUGCAGUCAGAUAAAGCCCGUUCAAUUUUAAAUAGUGCCGCGGUCUAUCUCAAGGAAGACAAGAUUAAGUUAUGGAUAUUUCCUGAGGGCACUAGGCGCAACACUGGACAAAUUCACACAUUUAAAAAAGGUGCCUUUCAUGUUGCAAUCAAUGCUCAGUUACCUAUAUUACCAGUUGUAUUUUCUUCUUAUUAUUUUCUAUCUUUUAAAGAAAAAAGAUUCGAUGCCGGUCGAGUUAUUAUAACAACGUUACCACCGAUAUCUACAGAAGGAUUAACUUCAGCUGAUGUUGAAGAUUUAAUAGAAAAGACACGAAAUGAAAUGAUGGAAGUUUUUCAUGCCACUAGUCAUGAAGUGCAAUCAAAUAUUUCUUCCUAGAGUACAGUAAUUAUUUCAUGGUAAAUUAAUAGAGUUCUUAUUAUUCAUAUCUUGAUUACAAUUUAAUCUUUACUUGUAAACCAAAGACUUGUUUUUAAUAUUUUUAUCAAGGAUUUCAUCAAGAAUUUAUUGGACAUAGCAAAUGUGUGCUACAGUUAGAUAGGGGAUAGAUAAUAUUAAUUAUUAAUUUAAAUUCAUAUUUUACUUGCCUGUUUUAAAGUUCUUUACAAAUCCAAGAUUUUAUUUCUAAUCGUGUAUGUAUAUAUAUAUAUUUCAUUUAUAAAUUUAUAUUUAUAGUAAUUUUAUAUUAUUAACUUUCUUAUUUUUAAUGAAUCACCUAACCAUUUAUAUAAUGGUCUUUGAUAUAAUAAAUACAUGUAAAUCGUAAUGCGUUCUUGAACAAGAUUUUAUACAUGUAUAAAACAGAUGUUAAUUUCUUUUGCUUGAAAAAAAUAAUAGAACAGUUUCUAUAGAGAUGGAAAUGUUUGGGUAGAAAAUAUAAUUUUAAUUUUAUAAAUGAUCCGGAUAGUUCAACUAGAUAGAGAAGUUAUUUACGAAAUAAAAAAAAACUAAAUUAAAAUUUUACGUGCGUUUUAUAAAAUUACAUGAAAUAUAUUUUAUUCAUAAAAUUUUAUAGAAAUUUUUAAGUAUCUAUUUCAUAUUUUCAUCCAUUCAUGUACAAUGCUGCAAACGGUUCAAUGUGCGUGUGUGUGUGUGUAUGAAUAAGUAAAAUUAUUUAUUUAUACUUCUAUAUCCUUUUUAAAUAAAAUUUUGUAAAACACUGUUUUGUUCAUUGUAAAAGCAGAUGAUAAUCAUGGAAGCACGCAAUAUCACAAAUAUGACACUGGAAAAGCGUUUCCUGUUAGUAUGUUAAAAAUAUUCAUGCUAUGUGAUAUUCAUUUUAUUUGUAAUUAAAUAUACUCAUGAAUGUUAGUUAACACUGAUAAAAAAAAUUCAAACUAUUAAUGUUAGCUGUAUAACUUUUUCUUAAAACUACUAUGUAUUCCUAUAAUUUAUAAGUAAUUAAGUCCAAUAUUCCAAUAUUACAUAACAUGAAUUUUUUAACAUGAAUUAUAUUGAAUUCUUGUAAUUUUAGAUUGAAGAUAUUACAUAAUAAUCUUGUUUAUAAGUUUCUGACCUUUUACUGUUAGAAAUAUAAAUGUAUAAAAGGUAACAAAAAUAUUAUUUCAAAAUAUAAAUAAAUAAAGGGC